AUGUGUACCUCUGGCUGUGUACCAUCUACAGACAAAUAUCUCAUGAACUUACUAGGAAAAGAAACUCCAGUAGUAAAAGCAUAUCCAAUAAAAAUUCAGCCAAACACAAUUCCAGCUGAAGUGGAUACAACACUUCUUACUGAAAAGCCUACAAAUGUAGUGAAAUAUAAUUUAGACAAAGUUAACCUAAAAGCAAUGCUGGUCAGCGCCGUUUUCCCAGCAAUGCUGGGGUGGCCCAAUUCCUUUUGCAGGGGCACCUCUUGACUUGUAUAUGCAGAUGCUUGCUUUCAAUUCAAAGACAAGAAAAAAAAGUAAGAAAAACCAAGUAAAUCCAAGCAGUUUGAGGCCGCAAGCAAUGUAAUCCCUUGAAGGACAAUCAGAAUUUUCUCGCCCCAAUACAUCGAGUUAAAGUGAACUCAGUUAACAAAGUUUCCAAGUCGAAAGAAACAUGCUCCUGUUCCUGUUAGACCCAUUACAAUAAAUGUAAGGGACCAAGAAACAAAAACCAAUUAUCUGACGAAGACAGAGAAGCUUUAUUUGCCAAGCUGCCUUUUCUUUGGGUUUCCACUCCCAAGAAUGACGCCUCACUGGUAGUGUAACUAAACCCAAGUUCAAGCCAAGUUCCACUGACCACCCAAUGUUCAACCGCAUUAUACACUCCUUAUCAAGCCCAAAUAACUGGGUAGCAAUGACUAAUCCACCCACCAUCUUGAUUCUUUGACUUGUCAAAAGACAGCAUCAAAUUUAUGAUUUUGACAUAAAACCUUGUCAUCUGAUACGCAAGACCCUAUUUGAUUGGCAAAAAAGAUGGCUGCAGAGAACAAGACAGUUUUUUUCAAGUUGGAUGCGAUGUUCCAUAAGAACGGGUAAAUGAAUUUCAUUUUUAAAAGAAAGUUGUUUUUCCUGUGAUUUUCAUUGAUUUGGUUUGGUUAACAAAAUAUUUGUUUGACGAUUAGUUUUCAGGGAAGUCCUGCGGGUCUUAUGAGACUGGUUCGCAGCUUUAACAAAAAGAAUCAAGAGAGCAACGAAGAAGCAAGGAGGAGGUUUUUUCGACGUAUUUUUGGCAUUUUAUGGGAAACUUUCAAUUUUAAUUUGAUUUUUCUUUCAGAUUUGAUGAAAAAAUAUCAUAGUUUUCAGUUUUCAGGUUACAUAUUAAUGCUUAUGCGGGCUUAUCACCACACCACAUACCAUGUAUUUUUUCUGGGGAUGUUGAAUUCACUCUGUUAACCAACUUCCGCCACAAGGAUAUCAGGAAUGAGUAAUCAUAUUCUAACCCUUCUGCUAAAAGUGUAUAAGAACUUCCUCUACGACUGUAAAGGUAUUUAUGACCAAAAGAUAACUUUUAACUGAUGCAAUAGAAGGGUUUCCUAGAAAAAGGGUGCUUGUGUUUGUUUACUUGGAAAAAAGUCACAAGCUCUCAUUUUCUAUUAAGAAAAUUCGUAAAAAAUUGCAUUACUUCUGAUUGCCUCCAAAUUUGGCCCACCAGAAGUUAAUAAUUGUGUGGCAGUUUCAGCCCCACAGUCGGUUAUUAGCUUCAUGCAAUGAUCUUUUAAGAACUGAGAAAAAUGGAAGUCGAUGCGGCAAGGAUUUGCUGCAGCUUUUGCAAAGAAUGAAAGAUUGCAUCAACAAAUUUCGACCAAAUACAAGUCAAGCAAAUUAUUUUGAAGGAUUCUGGAGGAUAACAAGCGAAAUAAAUGCGAAAAUUGUAGUAGGAAAACAGUAAGAAUCUUUGUGUGCAAUACGCCAAGCCAGCUAUGUAUGCCAGGCAAAUUCUUCACACACAAUGAAUUCCCGGUCGGUUGGCUUUUUGCCUUCAAGGCCUUGCUUAUUUUGAUGAAUACCAUCAACAAAUUCAAGUUUGCUUGUUUUUAAUUUGAUAUUUCAAUGAAAAACUAAACAAUAUAGCGUCUUUUGGAAGUAAAUAGUAAAUCAUGUCGUGUCACUGAACAGUGUUCCAUAUUUUGGAAGUUCUUUACCUUAUUAAUUGCAUGUUCCAUGUGAAUUCGAGGGAAGGCAACAUGUUGUGUUUGCACAACUUCCUCUGGUACCAACUCUUCUAAUGCAAAAAUGAUUGCAUGUCUUCUGAGUAUAGAAAUGAAUUUAGCAGUAACUUGAUCAAGUCACUUCUGUACAUCACAUAUACUUUUUCACAACCAGUACAUCAUGGAGGAGGAGAACGUCCCAGAAAACUUGCCCAUUGUCAAACAAGGACGUGCCUGUGACAUCUACCACAUGACAUAGUUAGAGAUACUUUCGAAUAUUUUGAAAUUAAUAAACAGAUUACCACUGACAAGGGAGACUUGGUUCUUUCAGAGUCAUCUGACCAUGAACGAGGAGGAAAUUACAGCUAAGAUACCAAGAGUUAAAUCAUUGACCAUAAUUACUUCUUCCUAGACUCUGAACUAUCCCAAUAGUUACUUCAUAAGUGUAGAGGUCUCUUGCUUUACAAGAGUCACUUGCCAUCAUAAAAAAAGCCUGAGGCAAUUGACAUCAAGAAGGAAAUGGGGCAUUAGCUGUCCAAGUAGGACAUAGCCACCGUCCAAUAUGACUCACUUCUCCUAUUACUGGAUGAAGUUGGCCUUUAAGGGCAAAGAAUCAUUGUGUCGGAGGCAAUGCUUCCUAUCAAUCUCAUAAAAGUCUGAGCGGUAUGCAAGAUGCAUUUUUUAUGGUUCACAAGUAUUACAUUCAAGCAAACCCCUUCUUCAGAAAACAAACUGGCCAUAAAAGUGAAGAAGACUAAACUCAUGCUUACCGGGAGUAAGACCAUGCUUUUGUUAUUUGAUGAUAUUGACUUACAAAUGAAUGGUACACAAGUUGAACAUGUGCAAUCAUGUAAAUAUCUUGCAGUAAUAAUGGAUGAAAAAUGGAGUUAGAAGCCAUAUAUUAGUAACUUGUUAAAGAAGCUAGGUCAUCACCUGUCUGUGUUUAACAGAAUCUUUUAUAAGCUUGAUAAUAAGACUUGUAUUGCGUAUUUUAAUGGCUUAGUUUUACCCCAUUUAGACUAUGGUGACAUUGUAUGGGGAGAUCAGCCUAGUUUGAAAUCUGAAAUGGAUCAUUUACAAGCAUUUCAGAAUAAAAGAAUUCUGGAUAAUAAGAUCUCAUCAUCCAAAUUAAAGCACUCAAUUCCCUACAAUGGAUCCCUCUGGCUGAACAACGUUUUGCUCACCAAUUAAUGGUCAGCAGUUCAAGAUGCAAUUAAAGGGGAAAUACCAGAGCACCUAGAGACUUUUAAAAUAACCUUAAGAGACUUGCGUGGACAUAACACAAGAAACAGUUACUUACCUAGAAUUCCAAACCCAAAAACAGAAUGUGGAAAAAGGACAACUCACUACAGGUACAUUAGUGACUGGUCAACUCUUCCGAAUUUUUUAAGGAAACCUAUUCAAUAGGUUUCCUUGCAAAAUCUUACAAAAAGUACUUACAAAAUUUUUAAACAUGACCUAAAAAAGUUUUUAAGAGCCAAAUAUUGUAGUUUGUAAAUUUUCAUUUUCUCCUUUUAGUCGUUCGCCUUUGUUUUUUCAAUAGUUAAAUCUUUCAGUCUGAUUGCAUUUUUAUUACUUUUUUGCCUUCUUUAGUCAUCUAGCCUUUUUAGCCUUUCAACUUUAUAACCACUAGUUUUUUAGAUUUGAUUGUUAUUAUUAGUUUUAAUAUUAUUUAAUAUUAGUCAGAGGACCUCCCUGAAAACCACUUUGUGUGAUGGGAGUUUCCUCUAUAAAGAUUAUUUUCUUCUUAUUAUUAUUAUUAUUGUUAUAUCUCUUUGGUGAAACAAAGUUUACUCGUGUUGACCAAUUUGGCAAAUCAUGAAAAUCUUAAUGUUUUCGUUUAUAUAUUGAAAUGAACUCAAACAAGAACUGCAUAUGUCAAAGAUAAUAAAAACUGUUGGUGAGCCUCGACAGAUCCUGAGAACGUGUGACAAGUGUUCAUUGGGUAUUCUUUUUACUAUCAUUUGAUGCAAAUUUAUAAUUCGUCAUUUUUCUUUCUUAUGAACUCUGUAAAGCGCUACAGUCGAACCUUCGGUAAGCGACCACCCAAAAUGCAAAGGCUUGGUGGUCGCUUAUGGGCGGUGGUCACUCACAAGAGUUGGACCGCAAAAUCAUUAGCUAUUCUAUGUGAUAGCUCAUUUAAUGGAAGUAAACUUUAUUGGAUAACGUGUGUUAUAAAUUUGUGGUUAAAAAAUGUUACUUGUGUACAUGACAUCUUGUACAGAAAUGUCCCUAAGAUGUCUCAUGAACAAAAACUUAACUUCUUAAACUGAAACCUAGAAAUCUGAGUCUUUUUCUCAAGGGUAAUGGUUAACAUUGUAGUCAUAGAUUGAACUAAUAAACACACUAACAGAAAGAAUAAAUUCCUUUUUGUCAAGUUUUAUGAUGAAUUUCUCUGAUUAGUAAGACCAUGUGUCAAGUGGUGCUUACCGGAGAUUGAAAACAAUAGAAAAUUCUAAAUCUGUCAGCUGAAAUAGUGGUCGUGGUUGUUUACAGGAGGUGGUCGUUUACAAGAGGUUCCAGUAUAAGGCUUUGACUGAGAACAUUAAUUUUUCGGUGUUUUGGGAAGGUGGUCGCUUAUAGGAAGUGGUUGCCUAGGGGAGGUGGUCACACGUCUAGGUUUAACUGUUUUGAGUUUUUGGAAACAGCGCUAUAUAAAUAAUGUCUAUUAUAAUUCUUCUUAUUAUUAUCAUUAUUAUUAUUAUUAUUAUUAUUAUUAUUAUUAUAAGUAAUGAGUCAUCUGUCACCCCCCUGUCAGCACCUUCUGCACAAUCUGCCAGAACCGACCUUGACAAGCAUCACCACUUACCUAUUUGUUUUCAGCCUCCUUCUUCAUCAAGAUGGCAGUGGUAAGACAAGGAUGAUGAUACGAAAGAGUGGCCAAUGUUUGGUUGUCUCUGUAAAAAGACAAAUGGACAAGAUAGUUUGUUCGUCUUUCAAAGACUUGUUCAGGACAAGUUUUUGCAAUAAGUGACAAAAUCAACCUCAGCUUUACUAGCCUCCACUAAAAAAAGGUUUUAACAAGGAUGUCAGUGCAAGCCACUUGUACAAGAGGCUCGUUGAAGUGUUCCUCUGCCAGUCAAAGUCAGAAGUUUUGAAACACUGAGGACACUGGAACUGAGUUUGAAGUCCCACUUACACUACAGAAAAAACUGGGUCCGGAUUGAUCAAAAAGUGGUCAGGACCAAUUUUUUUUAACCGUUUACACGGGUAACAAUCAGGUUAGGCUUAUGAUUGAAAAGCACAAUAGUACACAUGCGCAAAACCACCGUAAAGCAUGGCAGGCUCAAAUGAAGAAGAUUGUACGGAACAAAGAUGCGUUUACACAGUGCUUUCAAACAGCAAAAGGGGUCCGGACUCAUUUUUUUUUCGGUUUUGGGGCCAUAGGCGGAUAUGAUUUUCCUAUUUGAAUGCUAUUUUAUGACUAUAAGGGUUGACUAAAAUCUCUUUCCAAAAGCUAAGUAAAUUAUAUGUAUAGGCUACGUGGUAACUAUGUCUUUUCUCCAUUUAUUCCACAUUUAAAAUCUGCAUAGCUUCUAUAUAGCAAGUUCCAUUUAAGGUUUAACAGAAGACCUGUGAAAUCAAUGCUGCUAGUCAAAACGUUUUUGGACUAGCUGAAAGGACGUCUGGGCUAUUAAUGCUAGCUUCAGCUUGCCGGAAUGGCCAGCUGUAAAAAUGAUUUUCUUUACACCCUGUAACUACCAAAAACAUAGCAUUUCUGAUGUAAAACAUAGUCCUGCCAUGGAAAAAACAUAGGAACUGGUAAAGGCAAUGUAUAAAUCAUUAACAUGAUUAGAACUUAGUCCUCUUUUAUGCCAUAUGUAUAAGAUCAAUCCUAGUUUAAUCAGCGCCUGUUUUCUUUUAUGCUCUGCCCAAGUAUUUAUAGUGUGAGCGGGUGCGGGUCCAAAAAAGGGCAUUAUCGAUCAUUUGCCCCAAUCUGUCUUAUGACGGGGCACUUAAUGAAGCUGGUAUUCCAACCAUUAUUUCAUAUUACGAGGACAUAUGUGACAAGGUUUUUACCAAUACCCUCAGCAACAAGGAUAACAAACUUAACAAGCUAUUAACUGAAGCCAAUAAGGCUCCAUAUUUACUAAGAAAUCACCGACACUUUGCACUUCCAAAGUGGAAGACGGACCGUUUUAAGAACACUUUCAUUUUGUCAUCGUGCCACCUGUUUCGGUGUGAAAUCAGUCUGCCAGUAGACUGGAACGGGUAGCGCAUGUGUAACAUUUGUGAUUUUGAAUCACACGUGUAUUUUGUCAACAUGACGUGUACCCUCAAAUAACGAGAUAUGAAAUGACCCAGUCAUUAUGUAAACGCGAUACAAAAUCAAAAAGUCAUAUCCUGGUAUGAAACUCGUGCUGGUGCACGUUUUCUCACCUAAACACCCCCUAAAAUUUUCCAAUUGUGACUAACCAGUACUCUCAGUGGUAGAUAUCUGCAUGCACAGCAGUGGUCAAGCAUGCUUGACAGUUAUAAAAAUAUAUAUAUAUUCCCGACUUAAAAUCAGCCUUGCUUCUUUUGUUUAAUAUUUUCACUUAUUGCUGAUUAGAUCCUUCAUUACGAUCGGUCCUUCUUUUUUUUUGUAAGCUGGUUCUUGCUUUAAAAAUUGAAUUUGAAAAGUAUCGCCGCUCGGCGUUUAGGCAUUGACCUCUCAGAGAAAGAAAACAUAGGAAAACAUUCUUGUUGACUACUCAUAGACUGUGACAAUUAAGAAAAAAAGCAGCGGCAGCUUUGAAUGAUUUUCAAAUGAAGGUCGGAAAUCUAAUUGAGCUUAUAUUAAAAAAGAACCGGUCAGUGUAAAACACAGACUGCGGACUGCAGACUGCAGACUGCGGACCAGGGGUAAACUGCAGACUGAGUGUAAAAUGCAGACUGCAGACUGAGAGUAAAAAACGCAGGCUGGGUGCAAAAUGCAAAAUAAAGACUGUAGACGUUUUUAAACAUUUGUGCUCCUUCUUCUCCAAAUCGGUGAAAAGGUUAGCGGUAUCAGUUACACACAUCGCUUCCUAGUCGAAGUGCAUUGCACAUUCGCCUGAAGUUUCAAUGAACAUCCUUAAGUCUGUGUACCUUGAUUUGCAAUACUUUCAUAGAAGGUCAUCCAAAUUUCCUGCAGAACAUCUUUCUUUGUUGUUGGAAUGAUUUAAUUACUCCCUUUUUCAUCGCCAUAAUUCUUCCUGUACAGUAUUUUGGGUCAGCAGCUUUCAUUUAAGCGUAAACAUCGUGGUGUUGCACCAAUUCACGGUCCCUGGUCAAGUAUAUCGAAAACUUCACGUCUAAAGUUGAAGCGUGAGGUCUCUCGGACAGAAAAAAAGGUUCAAGAUUGCGAUUAUGUUUUUGGGUCGUCAACGACGUUCUAGAGAGGAAAGUCCUAAAUGGAUUUGUGAAAGCAGAUGUUGUCAAGUAGUGUUCGUUUACAUGUAUUUUCAAUUCAAGUUACCGGUAACUCGAAAAACUUUGAAUCGACAGAAAGGCUAGGUCAACACGUAAGUUAUAACGAUAAAACUUUCUCAGUAUUAGUUAAUAUACAGUACAGUAGCCCAUGAAAUGCUGCGAAAUGUGAGACAGACGUAAGAUAAAGAUUUAUAAGCUUAUGCUACUCCUGUCGACGGAGGAGCAGUUGUCCGUGUUACUGUUUGGCGUCUACUAAAAUUACACAAACUGCUAACGAAUCAGUCCAAAAACAUGUUUUCUAAUUGACUUACACAGAGACAAAGUUUUUUUUAAAGUGCCAAGAACUAAAGCAUCAGUGCAAAUGA